AUGACAACGGCUGCGUUCACGCGGCCCCGGUCGCCGCGUUCAGUGGCCAAACUCCAUGGCCUCGCUUCAAACGUCGAAGAUCGCAAGAAAAGCCGUGCUCACUCAUCGCAGGAUACAAAUGCACAGCUUCGAAAGUUUCGAGCCGGUCUGAUCAGCCACACCAAGAACACCGACAACCACGAUCGGCAUCGUCGACUACAGACUUGCGCCGAAGGUUCGGGGGUUACGGUGACGAGCUCGAUGUUCCCCCUGCUGGAAGGCUGCCUGGUCGAGACGGACUUGAUAGAGGGAGGAGAGGCGGAGUUUGUUGGAGAGACGGGAAUGAUUGCGGCCGUGCUGAACAGCGACGACGUUGAUGCUGAGUACAUCUGGGCGGCCUACCACGGCGAAACGUCGUUGACCAUAGCGUGUUUCUCGCUCGAGCCUGUCACCUCGGCACACCCUUCAACAGCGACCUGGUACUGUGUUGAUGAUACAACCGAAGAUGGGAUUGUGGCGGCCACCGACACCACCUUCGGCGUAGACUGCGGAUGCGACGACGACGACACCGCACCGACCCCCACUGUUACCACCACCCCUGCCCCGGAUGUGGACAGUACGACACCCACUGCUCCCAGCGGGAGCUCUUGCUCCGAGGGAGAGUCGUUCACUGUCGACAUUUCCGCCCUGCCGGAGGCGGAUGGUUGCUACCUAUCCACGGGGUACACGCUGUCCGAUGAGCACGUCUACACUCAGACGGGUGGAGUAGGCGGUGCGGAGAUGUGGAUUCACAGCCUGCCGAGUUCAGACGACGACGACGCUGUGAUCUACUGGUACCUGGCGUACGUCCCGGAAAUCACUUCGUCGUCAGCGUUUGAUGGGGAGCUAGCGUAUUACUGCGGUUCCUUCGAGCCGGCUGACACAGUUCACCCGGCCGACGCAAACUGGGUUUGCACCUUCGCGUCUUCGUCGACCCAGACCUUCGGGGCCGAUGGCGCCAGCUUCACGUGCGGAUGCUCCAGCGGCCCCACCCCUGAGGCUACCGAGCCUCCUCUCCCAGAGCCCACCCCUGAACCUACCGAACCCCCUCUCCCAGACCCCACCCCUGAGCCCACCGACCCUCUCCCAGAGCCCACGCCCGAACCUGUACUUGCUACGCCGGAACCGGCAUCCCCUACGCCGGACCCCGUAUCAACGACGCCGGAACCCGUAUCUACCACACCGGAACCAACCAUAUUGACCACGCCGGAACCGGUAGCCCCUACGCCGGACCCCGUGUCAACGACGCCGGAACCCGUAUCUACCACACCGGAACCAACCGUAUUGACCACGCCGGAACCGGUAGCCCCUACGCCGGACCCCGUGUCAACGACGCCUGAACCCGUUUCUACCACGCCGGAACCAACAGUAUCGACCACGCCGGGACAGGUGGCGCCUGCUCCGGUAUCCGAGGCCGUCACACCGACGUCAGAGCCGGUUCCUUCCGUGGCUCCAACGCCGGACCCGGCUGCCGAAAGCCAAGGCCUCCCUCCCACGCAAGGACCGACCUCGACACCAACGUCGGCGAUCUCGGGCGGGACCCCCUCCCCUACGCUCGAGCCGAUCGACUUCCCGGAUGUUGUCCAUGCCCCAUCUUCACCUCCUGAGAUUGCUCCGUCUUCGCCGACAUGUGGGGACACCGAGUCGUUCCAGAUCAUUUCGUCGGAGCUCCCUGAUAUCCAGGGAUGCUUCCAGGCGACUUCUACUUUGUUCUCGACGCCGGAAUCAACCGAGGAAUAUUGGAGCUUGACCGGCGAGGCGGAAUUCGAGAGUAUUUUGGUGGGCUCCAUCCUAGACGAGGACACUGAAGAAGAGGGUGACUCCACUCCGUGGUAUUUGAUCUUCCUCUCCGAGGACGACGAUGCCACUGUGUUAUAUUGCUAUUCGAACGAGCAAGGGAUCUUGGUUCACCCGGCCGACGCAACGUGGCGAUGUGAUCUCGACGGUACCGGCGUGUACUCGGACGUCACCGCCGAGGAGGUGUCCUUCACUUGCGGAUGCACCGGCACGCCCGCCCCCGCGCCCGGCCCGAUCGCUACCCCCGAAUCACCCGCCGGAACGUCUCCACCAAUUGAACCCGAGAGUGAUGAUGGCGGUAUACUUGGCCGCAGGUUGUCGACGUCAGCUCUCGUGGCCGGAGCCACGAGUGUGUUGGCCAUCGGGUUGGCCCUCGGGAUGGGCGUGUAGUUUCGGUUCAUUUUCAGGGCUCCCACAAAAUGUUCGGAUAGGUUUGGUUGAUGCGGCGGCGUAGGUUUCCUUUGAUCGGAAGGAUGGUUCUGACACGUCGAGAGAGGACGAGUGCCGUUUUCCUAUAGCUGAUAGAAAAAGAGGCCGGGACAAGUUCAAAUUUGGAAAUUUUGUUUAUGCUCGGUUGAGACAACACAACUCCGAAUGUCAAUGCGCGACUGAUAUUAUUUUUUCCAAUCCGCUGUAUGCAGAACGCGCCACCACUGAAGAACUCAGCAGUUAAGAACUUGAGGCUCACAAAAUUCAAAGUCCGAGAACUUGGCCAUAAGAACAUGUGCUCAGUUCCGGCGUGGUGUUAAGAACAAGAAGCCGC